AUGAAUUUGACAACUUCUGUUAAAUGGAUUUAUACUAAAGGACUUCAGUAUAAUCUUUUUAUGUUAGAAGAACAUGAUUACGAUGACGAUGAUGCUGUUAUCAAAGAUCCAGCUGUUGUACUCAAACAUCAAAAAUAUAAAACUUGGUUAUACGUCGUACUUCUUUCAGUUUGCCUUUAUGUACUAUUCUAUGUUACAUUGAUCAAAAUGGAAUCCAAAACGGUGGUUAUUUCCAAUAUAACGCCUGAUCUUUUCAGACAGUUAUCAUUUGAACACGGUGAAACUCUUUCAUGUCCAUGUAAAACAAUUACAAUACCAUACAGAAAUUUCGUUUUUAAUAAUGUUACAAUGCACCCUGUUUGUUCGAGUAUUUUUGUUGACGAACAAUGGAUUGAAAGAUUAUAUUUUGCAAAUGCUAGUCUCUAUGGUGUUUUCGAUUUUCGGACAACAGCAUUUUCUCAGUUUAAAAUUUUCUCAAAGUUUUGUUCACUUUCGAAAGAAAUGAUUUCCAAAAUUCGGACAGAUCUUAAUAAUACUGAUUUAAUUAGCAUUGAACUUCUUUCUGAAACGCAAGUUCAAUUAGAAUUAGAUGGUAUCACUGCAAUUCAGAAAAAUAAUGCCGUUAGUCAAAUGGUGUCAUUUUUGAAUUAUUUGAGAACGACGAUACAAAGUGAUUAUCUCGUUACAGGCCUUGGUACUAAUUGGUUAAUUCAAUUAAUUAAAUACAAUCAAUGGACUUCUUUGACAGCGGGAACCGCAGUAAAACUUUUCUUGAAUCCUGUUAGCUUUCUAACAUGCAGCUCAAGAAAUUUGAUAAUUGCAGCCACGCUUUCUCCUUUAUCAAAUAUUUCAAUAAGUUUUUCUCAAAGAACUCGACUGCAAGCAUUACCUAAUUCUACAAUUGUCAAAGGCUUUUUUACAGGAUGUACUCCUCUUGAAGCAUUCCUUCAAAGUACAUUAGAAUGCUUAUACGAAAAUGAAUGUCUUCAAAUAUGGUUGAAAUAUUUUCCAGAACUAAACCAAGUUUGUAUAGUACCAUAA